UAUCGGGCAUGAGGGGGGCCGGUUAUGGUGGGAGACGGGAAGGAUUAGACAGGACCCCAGGGGAGUUCUUCUCUUUCCCAGGAAGCUCGCCUCCACCUUGCCAUGAAUUAAACAUGGGCAGAAGACUCCCUAGACCCCAGCUGCCACUCACCCCAGGACUAGCCGACCAUCUCCGGGCACCAUGAUGUUUGGGGUUGCUGUUCCUUAUGACCCUGAGCCUCCCACAGGUCCCUCUCAGUGAUGGGCAGGGCUGCUUAAGCAAGCGGUCAGUGCUCGCCACCAUCCGCCAGAUGCAGAAACUUCUGUCCACCCAGGAAGCUGCCCAACUGCAGGGCCUGCGCAGCCUCAGGAAGCAGCUGACCAUGCUCCAAGGGAAUGUCCACAAACAGGCCACACGGAGGAAUGAGACGUGCCCCCAUCUGGCGAUGCCCGCUCAUGGCAGGAAGCUGGGGAGGAAAGCAGGCAUAGGACACGAGGUGCAUUUCCUGUGUGAUGCUGGCUUCCAGCUGGUGGGCUCCGAGUCUCGGCUGUGUCAAGAGAAUCGAACAUGGAGUGGGCAGCAGCCAUUCUGCAAGAGUAUCGAUGACUGUGCCAGCCAUCCCUGCACCAAUGGGGGCACCUGUGUGGAUGACGUACAGCGAUACAUCUGCCUCUGUCCAAGUGGCUGGAUUGGAAGCAACUGCCAGACUCCUGCCACCUCCUACUGGGUGUCUCUGAGCAACUCCUCCUUCAGCCGCCAGCCCCGCUGUGCCGAGAACGGGCAAGGUGCCCGUCAGUGCAGCUGUGACACUGGCUUCCAGAUGCGUGCCGGCGGCUUAUGCCAAGAUGUUGACGAGUGCCAGCUUUUCCAGCUGAACCAACAGAACCGAAUCUGUGUCCACAGCUGCAUCAACCUACCUGGGUCUUACCGCUGUAUCUGCCCCACCGGCUACCUGCUCAACCCUGACCAAAACACGUGUGAAGAUGUAGAUGAGUGUGCAGAUCAACAGCACAAUUGCAGCCGUGGCGAGCUGUGCAUCAACGUCUUUGGGGGCUUCCAGUGUGUGCGACCAGAAUGUCCUCGGCCCCGCCACAACACCAGUUAUGUGAAGACAUCAGCCUUCCAGUGUGAGCGGAACCCGUGCCCAGUGGACAGUCAAGCCUGCCGCCAGGCGGCCAACUCCAUCUCCUUUCACUACCUGCCGCUGCCGUCCAAUCGCACAGUGCCCCGCGUCCUCUUCAGGAUGUCCACCACACGCUUCCUUGGAGACAGCCUGCGCUUCGCCAUCACGGGCGGCCGGGGCCUCGGGGCUUUCGCUGUGCAGCGCUCAGACCGGCACACGGGCGAGCUGGUGCUGACCAGCCCCGUGCCGGGCCCCGCCACCUUGGAGGUGCAGCUGGAGAUGAGCGAGCUCUCCAAGAAGGUUCUGCUGGGCAAGCACGUCUUCAGGAUCACCGCUUUCAUCUCCCCCUAUGAGUUCUAGCUCGCUGGUGGUGGGGGCCCUCUUCCCCGGUGCUCGCAGCCGCUUCACAGCCAGGGUGCAAAGGGGAGAGUGUCCCGAGGCUGCUGCUUCUGUUCUUGCUUCCUCGGCCUUUGCUAUAGUCCGCAGGGCUGGGAUGCUAGGAAGGGUGGGGGAGAGGCCAGCGACCAUGCCUUGGGGACCUGGACCCCUGAGCUCUGGCUCUCACGCUGCCAUUUGUGACUUCUGGGAGCCUGACGAGUCACAUCCCCUGCUCCGGGCCUCAGUUUCCCAGUCUCGCAGUAGAGUGCUAGACUAAAUUAGGUCUCUUCUGCCUCUGAGAAUAAUAAAAACUAAAAUCAUUCAA